AUGGAUGUUUGUGAUGGUGGAAAGGAUGGGAUAAGGCGUGGUCGACCAAGAGCAGAUACAGUUCGGGAUCUAAUAAGUGAGGGAGAACAUUCUUCCAGCAGAAUCCGUUGUAACAUCUGCAACAGGGUUUUUCCGCGAGAGAAAUCUUUACAGGCACACAAAAGAACUCACACUGGUGAAAGGCCUUAUUUGUGUGACUAUCCAGAUUGUGGAAAAGCCUUUGUUCAGAGUGGGCAGCUCAAAACGCACCAACGUCUACACACAGGAGAAAAGCCUUUUGUCUGCUCGGAGAACGGCUGUUUAAGCAGAUUCACACAUGCAAACCGCCAUUGCCCUAAGCAUCCGUAUGCAAGACUGAAGAGGGAGGAGCUUACCGACAGGCUGAGUAAAAAACAGACAGCUGACAAUAAAGCCGUUGCUGAGUGGCUAGCAAAGUACUGGGAGACUAGAGAGCAGCGUGCACCUACCUUGAAAAGUAAAACUGUUCAGAAAACCGACCAGGAGCAGCAAGACCCCCUGGAGUAUCUUCAGUCUGAUGAAGACGAUGAGGAGGAGAAAAAUAGUGUUCACUCAGCUGCCCGCCGCCGUCUUCAAGAGCAGCGAGAGCGCCUGCAUGGGGCGCUUGCUCUUAUUGAGCUUGCAAACGUGGCUGGAGCUCCGCUGCUACAGUAGCAUAGGGACUGAAUCUGCCAAUAGAUGAAAUGAAAUGUACUGCCUGGUGGUACUUAACCAGUUAGAACCUGGGCAUAAGCUAAGCACCUUAUUUGCUUUUCAUAGGCUGCUAUUCUGUAGAAUUUAUGAAGAAUGUUGUUGUCCCACAAUGUGGGGCGAGAGAAUUGCACUUUUUUUAUAUGGUAAAAGACAGAUGUAAAGUUUUUAAGUAUUUUGUAAAUAUGGGACUGCACAGUGCAGGGUAAACAAAUUGCAGUUUGUGAGAGAACUAGAUUUUGCAAGGUUAAUUCAUUUAUUUAAAGCAGUUCUCACAGGAAGCACUUUCUGAACAUGAUGCUUGUUUUGAUAGCAGGAUGGUACAUUUGGCCAAAGAAGGCUGACGGGAAAUUAUUUAUCUAUUUAAACAAUUUUAUUUGAAGUGGUAUGUUUGCAAACACUGCAAGCAGUGAUGCAACCAAUGUUUUUUUGGGGGGUAGGGGGGAAGGAGGAUUGUAUUUUAUUAUACCUACUGUCACCAAUCAGAGGGCCAAAUUGAAUAUUCCAGCUUAAGAUGGGGAAGAAACUGGUUAAGGUAAAAACUAAAAACAGUUCAGGAUCUUCAUUGUGACUGCCCAAGUUAUGAGACUGACUUCCGUAUUAAAUCUUGGUCUUGAUCUCAGCAGAAUCUUUUGGUUUGAGUAGCACUUGUUAUUCCUAACUUAUAAUGUUGGGAACUUUUGCACAUUACUGGGCUUAUCUGCAAAUAAGUGAAUAAUCUUGCAAAGUCUAGAUGGCUGGUAACAAAUGAUAUUUUUUUCCAGAUGUUUCAGACCCUGUAAUGAGAUUUGGCACUUGUUUUUGUUAAUAAAGGGGGUAUUUACAGGUGGUAUUGACUUGUAGUAAACUAUUUUAGAUCUCUUGUUAGCAAACACUAAGUUUUUAAAGUACUGCUUUUAUAUGGUUAUUAGCAAAUAGAAGCCUCUAUUUUUUUUUAUUUUUUUUUGUGCAUAAAGCCACCUUAUUGCUUUACUUCAGGAUAACAUGCCAAGUUUGUGUUCACUAACUGUAGUACAGCUAUCAAUUAAACACUGCAAAAAUAUUUGCUCUUCAAUUAGAAAAAAGGCUUCCAAAGAUAGUUGCAAGUGUGUUUCUUAAAUUGUGUGGAUUCAUCUAUUUUCCAAAUAAGUGAAGUUACAGAACACUGCUGCAAUCUAAAGCUUAGAGAGAGUAGGCAGUACAUCCUCAUCAUUUAUUAGUUUUAUGUAACUUACCAUAUCUUUGUUUCAUGGCUACAUUUUUCUCUUUCUUCUGAGCAGACUAUAAUCAGAUUCAUCAUGUUAUGCCAGUAAUUUUCUUGGCAAAUUGACCAAUAUGCCAAAAAAAGGAACCCUACUGAUUUGUGGGAUAUCAACAACAAAUCAAACUCUGUCUUCCAAAUUCUUAGACCAACUGCUUGUAUAUGUCAGAAUGUGUAACCCAAGCUCUAGAUUCCUUCCUUACUUCAAAAUGCCAGAAAAUAGAGGCGUGUAAAGGAACCACUUUGUUACCUUGAGAGGAAGGAAAAGUAGUUUAAGUAGUUGAGAGAGUCAAUUAAACAAAAUCUUUACCAUGAGAACAGAUGCUUCAGAAAUUGCAUUCUCUGCUGCAGUUCUUGGAUUCAGUUUUCCUAACAGCUGAUGCCUGGAAUAGUAUUUGGGAUAUUAUUAAGCCAGUAGAUUUAAAAUUGUGAGAUGGUGCACUUGUCUAAGUCGGAGAUUCAAUUUUUAUCUCCAACGAGCUCUUAAUUUUUUGUCCAUUUAUUGUAAUUUUAUUUGGCCGCCUUGUGAUUUGUUUCUUACAUAAAAUAAACAAACUGCUACUCGCAUCACCUCAGAUGUCCUAACUACAUAAAACUACCUGAUUAAUAGGUUUUGAAGCUAAGAUCAACCAUCCAGGGCCCUUCCCUUUAAAUUGGCCAUUCUUGAACAGGCCCCUGUACCCAUAAGGAGUGCUGUUGACUGACUUAUUCCAUAUGGUCACAGUGUAAUACCAGCUGUUUGCAGGAUCAGGGCCAUGGUUUUCAUUGUAAUAACUUUUUCCUGACCAGUUUCAGUUGUAAUGGUUUAGUUUGAGGAACUCUUUUAAAAAGAGAGGUUCUUCUAAUAUUAAAAGCGUACUAGCUGUCUGUCUAGCUGUAAGCACAUUAAAGCAGAUUCAUUUCUGUAAAAGUUACAAAAAAUUGAGGGAAAAAUAUCAAAUAAAUUUGUUUGAAGUAUUGAAUACUGCUCUUUUAUUAUGAUACUUUUAUAUAACCAAAUAAGAAUCUUUGAAGUGUUCUAUGCUUUGUAACGUUGUAGUUUGGCAUGACAUAACAACAGGAGAGGAGAAAAAGCUGUAAUUUUAAUAGUUGCUUUGAAUAAACCAUUGGUUCAAUUUUAAAUUAAUGAAUGCAAGUGUUGGUAAUUCUUGAUUUAUUUAUUUAUUUAUUUAUUUUUUUCCAGUUUUAAUCAUUGCCUGUUGUUUCUUCCAAUCUCCAUGGUCCAAUCACUUUAUAGUUCAGCAUUUUUCCAGGCUUAUUUGGUGAAAUGGUUACACGCUUGCUGAAUGUUUAAUUUCUAGCCAUACACAGAACUCCCUUGCUUGAAAUUUUGUUUUCUAACAUAUAUGUAAGGGUUCUGUACUGGACAAAGUUCAGGAUAAUUUG